AUGAACGAACCGAUAUUGAGUCCCCAAUACGCUUUUAUUUGUUCGUCAAUGAAAAACAUUGCGCAAAAGCAAAAACUAUCUUCGAGAGUGCAGUCCAUAAUUCUGGAUACGCUAAAACUGAAGAAUGACGGUUUAACGGAUCGUAACACCAGUAAAGAGUCUCUUUUAUUGGACCGCAUUGAAGAAAACAAUAUUGUAGAGUCUCGCAUCGGAGACAUAACACAAAACCUUGUAAACAAACAUCCGGUAUCAACGGUCCAAAAGAGCAAACACCCGGAGUUAAAUGUUUUCAAGACCGUUAAAUCGGUUAUUAACUCGGUGACCGCAGAGAACGUGAACACUACAGUAAAUGAGUUGUCUGCUCUUAUUUCGAAUUCCGACGUGAUGGAAAAGACGAUCGACUUCAUCUUCGCCAGAGCAAACAUUCGCCCAGAAAGUAUUCCAAUGUUGGUAUUCAUAUGUUCUUCUUUGAAAAACGUGGUAGUUAAUCCAGUAGAACAACACGCGAAACCUAUCUCGUUUAAGAAAGAAGUUCUGAUCCGUUGUAACCAGGUUUUGCAAUCCGGAAUACAGAGCGAUUCGAGUGAAAACGCAUUUACGCAUAAAAAACCUUUCACAUUUGUCGGUGAAUUAUUUAAUGCAAACGUGUUAUCUGCACAUACUCUAUUAGAGUUUUUGCAAAUCGUACCGGAUAAGCUGACAAACAGAGGGCUUGACAAUACUUGUCGCCUACUAAAAGCAGCUGGAAAAAAAUUGGAACAAGUAUACAAUCUGAAAAAAACAAUAAGAAAACUGACGAAUAUGGUUUCGAACGACGAGGAAGGGAUGUAUUCUCAACGUAGUACCAUGCUUCUUAAAGAACUUGUGAACCUACGCGAUAAAAAAUGGCUGUUGUAGUAAAAAUAUUUAACACUAACCAAAUUGAAUCGAAGGUGUUCUGUAGAUUGUACACCGACAAACACUUUUUCGGUGGUAGUAAUCAAUCCCCGGCUCUGUAAAAGCAAACCUAUUAUUAGUUAUUUCUUAAGGUGACGGUUCAAUACGUGAUCUACAAAUGUUAGUCGACAUACAGAUAGUAUUGAAUUGUUUUAUGAGUUUCUUUUAUCAAAAAAAAUUUUAUUGUCACACCAUGGUGUUGCAAUAAUC